AUGUCGGGACCCACCUUCUGGCCUGACCUCAUCAACAUGCCUCAGACUCAGGCCACCCCAUUGCCGCCAUGGCCCCUCACACUAGACUGCAAUGGCGGCCCGCGCGAACCCAGAGCCCUAGUGGCGAGGGGCGCGUGCCUCGGCGGGCCCGGCCAGAAGACAAUUAAGUGGGGCAAGAAACCGGCCGGUGCGGAAGGCCGCGCCUUUCGCCGCCGCGGCGCCACGCCCGCGUAUAAAACGGGCGGCCCGCCGCCGCCGCCGCUGCUGACCGCCGCUGCUCCGACGCCGAGUCAGGACCUGACCGCCACACCGCCAGCCGACAUGGUCCCCGCCACACACGCGGCUCCGCUGUUGCUGUCACUGCUGCUGCUGUCGGGGGCGGCGCGCGCCCAGCACGGCCCCGGCGGCAACCCUGGCGCCGGUCCUGCCCCCGGCCAGGACGCAGCGCGCGCGCCACCGCCACCCGCCAUCCUGCUGCACCGCCAGGCUCUCACCACGGACGGCGCCUUCAACUUUGCGUUCCGCGCUGAGAACGGCCUGCAGCAGGGCGAGAGCAUUGCGCCCGACGGCAGCCGCCGCGGGGCCUACUCUUACGUCGACCCUAACGGCCGGACCAUCAGCGUGCGUUACACAGCCGGCAAGGACGGUUUCAAGGUGCUGGAAGGCGAGCCAUCACCUGGUGCUGCUGCACCACCUCAGCAGUUGCAGGCUCGACCACAGCCUCAGCUGGCAUACCAGCAGCAGCCACAACCACAACUGGCCUAUCAGCCACAGCCACAACUGCGGCCUCAACCACAGCUGGCAUACCAGCCCCAGCCACAGCCACAGGCGCAGCUUGCAUACCGUCAGCCACAGCAGCCAGCAGUCUACCAGACAGCAGCUGCAACACCAAGGCCUCCACCGUCUCCAGCAGCUUACCAACCAGCUGUACGUGCACAACCUCUGCCGUACCCACAGCCUGUGCAGCAUGCACAGCCUCCAUAUCAGGUCCAAGUAACCCCACGUCCAGCACCUCCUGCUCCCCAGGGCAGUUUGGGCCUCUUCCGCUCAACUGCUCCAGCUACAUUUCCACAGCAGCAGCACCAACAACAGGCACCACAACUACAGCAGACACCCAUAGAGGAACCCCAGGAGGAACAGGACAAUGGUCCUCACAGUUUUGGACAGGGAUACUCGUUUGAGUUUCAGGGAUAAGUGAUGGGUUGUUAACAGUCUGACAUUAUAUUGAAGUGCAACAUAUGUGUUCGUGUUCGUGUUCGUGUGUGUGUGUGUGUGUGUGUGUGUGUGUGUGUGUGUUUGUGUGCACACGCGUGCACGAAUUAACAUGUGUGUCUGCAUGUAUAUGUACAUGCAUUUGUCCAUUAAGUGGAAAAAUGGGACAUAAAUUUCAAAAUUGUGUCUAGUUGUUCACCUGGCUGGAAUGGAAAAUACCAUAACUCAUAUUUUAAAUUUUAUGAUGUUAUCCUGUUUAAUUAAAUACCACAUUACUUAUAUAAA